CAUUUGUACUAUAAAUAAAAAUAUUUUAAACGAGUAUUAGACAAUACACAUUGCACCAUGUCCAAGGAGCAUUGGAUGCGCGACCUGCCGCCCGAAUUGCGGGACAUGUCAAUAAUUAAUUUGGCCAUUCCAGGUUCACACAAUUCCAUGACCUAUGGAAUAAACGGCAGCUCCCAACUAGCGCCAGAUGCGGAGCCAGCUAUCCGACGAUGGUAUCGCUUCUUUCCCUGCUUUGUACGUCGAUGGAGCAAGACACAAUCCUCCAGCAUCAUAGAGCAACUGAGUCUCGGGGUUCGCUACUUCGAUUUAAGGAUAGCUCAAAGGGACGAAAAGUUCUACUACUGCCAUGCCCUGUUUGCCAUGGAAAUCUUCGAGCCGCUAAUAGAACUCCGUCAGUUCUUGGACAGCCAUCCUGAGGAGCUGGUCGUCCUGGAUAUGCAGCACUUCUAUGACUUGACCCCGAACCACCAUCAGCAGCUACACAAGGAGUUGAUACAAUUCUUCGGUCAUAGGCUGUACUCCACCACAGAGGGCUCCCUGCUCGACUGCACACUGAACCGCUGCCUGGAAAUGCAACGCCAGGUGGUGAUCAUAUACCGAAGAUGCCCCAUUCCGUUACCGCUGCGCUUCUGGCCCAGCUUUGCCUGGCCCACUCCUUGGCCGAACAAGGCGAGCGUGAAGAAGUUGCAGUCGUUUCUUGAGGAUUCAUUGCUCUCCCGCCAGCCGCAGCAGGGCUAUGUGUCCCAGUGCCUUAUCACACCAACUGGUCGAUACAUAGCCUUUCGGGUUUUCUUCUCUCUGAAGCGCACAGCCAGGCGUGUGGAUAAAAAGCUUUAUCCCUGGAUCACGGAACAAACUCCAGGUCCCUUUGACCCGAAGGAGAAGCCUCGUGUAAAUGUGUUUCUAGGUGAUUUUGUAGAGCUUAAGGACGGACAGUUUUGCAAUUGGGUAAUGGAUUUGAACAGCAAACUGGAGCCGGAGGAAGAGGACGAGGCAGCUAUUUGAUGCUAUAUUACGUACAACAAAGUGUUUUCCAUUGGGUGCUAUUAUUUUAUUUUUCAAAAACCAAUAUACAAAAUAUAUAUAUA